GUCGUCUGCACCAAUCCCGUUAGAGGAGGCGGGACUUGGUGAAAAAUCCCGGAAAUGAAGGUGCAGACUGGCGUGUGAACUUCGAGGCUCGUUUUAGACGGCGCCAUGUCUCACAUCUCGGUGAAUUAUAUUUUGUUAGGCGGACAGUUUUUCCUGCUCGCCUCGGUGUUGCUUUUGCAAUGCCUGGAAGGGAUUCAUUCGGAGAACUCCACCAUAACCGGAAGUACGGCGUCAACACCAGGGAACAUCGUUACCACUAUCACCACCACCACCACCACCACCACCACAACAACAACAACAGCAGCAGCAACCACUACAGAAGCAACAAAAGCUUCCAUCACUACAGUCUCAGCUCUGAUCACACAGCAAGCUGAAGAAAAUGUCACCAAUAAUAACAUCACAACGACAGAGCCGUCCGCCAUCACGGAGCAGUAUGAAUACAGUCCUCCAUCACCUGUGGUCCUCUGUCGCUACCUCCCUGAGGAGUUCAUCUACUGCAAAGAUCCUGUCGAUCACGACGGAAACCUCACAGCCUUCCAGGAGCUGGGCCACGGCUGCGUGAAGAUCGGAAAUCAGGGUCAGGUGUACAGAGACGUGAAUCACACUCAGGUGCUGUGCACGGCGCUGGAAGGCAUCGAGUGCGCCGGGCCCCGAGAAUUCCUCCGAGGGAACGAACCGUGCAUCAAAUACACCGGUCACUACUUCAUAACCACGCUGCUGUACUCGUUCUUCCUCGGCUGCUUCGGUGUCGACCGCUUCUGCCUGGGCCACACGGGUACCGCCGUUGGGAAGCUCCUCACUCUCGGCGGCCUGGGAAUCUGGUGGUUCGUCGAUCUUAUCCUGCUCAUCACCGGGGGUCUGACGCCCAGCGACGGCAGCAACUGGUGCACGUUUUACUGAGCCAACGUUUUUGUUUUUGUUUUUUUUUUUUCCCUGCUCUGAUUUGUACAGAGUAAAGAGCCUGUGUAUGUAUGUAUGUAUGUAUGUAUGUAUGUAUGGUUUUGUAAAUAGGAAUGUCAUUUACUGUGCAUAAAUAUUCUUAUCGACUUUUCCAAACAUGUUGUAGUCUUCUGGGAUGAUGUGUAUGUGUAUUUAAAAAAAAAAAAAAAAAAAGUAAAGGGGGUGAAUACUUAUGCAUUUUGCCCCCAGGAAACAAAUCAAUGGGGCGUAACCGUUCCAGCGAUUUUUCCAUGCACAAUCCGGCGUUGUGGGAUUUAGAAAAAAAAAAAAAAAAGAAAAACAUGCAAUUCUUUUAUGAGAAUUUAACAUUUUUUAUUUCCAAAUCCAAUGGUAUUUGUUGUUUUUUGGUUUUUCAUCGAGCAACAUCCUGCUUUUUUUUUUUUUUUUUUAAGCCAAGUUAUUCAAUAAUUCGGUCCGGAAAGAAAAACGGCGUCGUUCAGGACCAAGAAUCGAAUUUAUAAUAAAAUAAAAAAGAAUCACAAUAACACAAGCAGACUGUGGAAACACAAACGUGCUGUUGGUUUAAGCAAUUUUUUUUGUAUGCCUGCCGCCUUUAACUUCAAUAUACACGAUACCGACAAAAGUAUUGGGACACCGGACUUUCGCAGCCGUAUGCGGUUCUUCUACAACUUCUUACCGUUUUCCCUUCGCUUCUGCUACGUGACUCGAAACAAAGCCAGCUCCAGGAAGACAUGCUCUACAUGUGUUGGAAGUGUGUAAAGGAUCUUCAGUGGCCUGCUAUAGAGUUCAAACCAUAUUUGCACUGGAACGCUGACUCCGCGCUUUCUCACCUCACCUACAUUCGUCUCAAAAUCUAGUGGAACGUCUAACCAGAAGUGUGGAGGUUAUUUUAACACCAAAUAGGGACUAAACAUUGGAAUAAGAUGUUCAAAAAAGCACAUCAGGUGUUCACAAAAUUUUUGUCUGUGUAUAUAUAUAUAUAUAUAUAUAUAUAUAUAUAUAUAUAUAUAUAUUUUAGGGGCAACUGAUCGCAGUUGAUCCGAUCACAACUCACGGUUUGCCCCCAAACCGCGGAGUAAUCAAAAAAAUUUUUAAUGAUGGCGGAAGAAACAUUUUUUUUUUGUUUUCUCAUGCCCAUAUUGCUUUUGCAUUCAUUUUGUAUCUACACAAGGCAUUCACGUGUUCACAUGUAUUGAACAACAACGGCCACCGGAGGCGCAGGAGAACUCAAAGUUCAUUUCCAUGCUGUAAAAUCUAUAAUAAAUGGAAAGCAAUCUA